AAUGUAUGAAGAGGCUAUUUAAAUAUUCAAACAGACAGGUAUCUAAUAUAUAUUAGAAAUUUAGAUGACUUUAGAGAAUUUGCUACUCCAAAAUAACAUUAGCAAUUGUAAGAGCAAUAUGGGAUAGCAAUAACAAAUCUUAAAUCUAAUUUGUAUUAAGAUAAACGUAAGUCUUUGAUUUUACCAGGGGUAAUCCAAUUGCUUAUAACAGCUGCAAUAAUAUAUCAAAUAUUUUAUUAUUUUCAGCCAAAUUAAACGAAACCUAAGAAUGAGAAAGCAUAAAAGGAGACUCCUGAUUAAGGAGUAGGGAGAAUGGAUCGAUUUUAUAAUAUUUUGCGAAAUAAUUAGAGUGUUUAAGAGGAAAGAAAUAUCCCAACUCGAUUUAAUGAUGUAUUAGGAAUAGAUGAAUUUAAAGAGGAAUUAGAAGAAAUAGUUGAAUUUUUGAAAAAUCCAAAAAAGUAUACAGAUUCAGGAGCAAAAUUACCAAAAGGGAUUUUAUUAAUAGGACCCCCAGGAACAGGUAAAACUCUGUUAGCAAGAGCAUUGGCUGGAGAAGCAGGAUGUGCAUUUUAUUAUAAAUCAGGUUCUGAAUUUGAUGAAAUGUUCGUUGGUGUUGGAGCAUCAAGAGUAAGAGAAAUAUUCAAAGCAGCUAGAGCAAAAGCACCAGCAAUAAUAUUUAUAGAUGAAAUAGAUAGUAUAGGAGGAAGAAGAAGAGCAUAAGAUCCAGGAUAUUCAAGAGAUACAAUAAAUUAGAUUUUAACAGAGAUGGAUGGAUUUAAAUAAACAGAGAGUGUAAUAGUAAUAGGAGCAACUAAUUUUGAAUAGGUAAAUGAUAUAGAUAAUUAUUAAUUUAAGGUUUUAGAUCCAGCUUUAAAAAGACCAGGGAGAUUUGAUAAAAUGAUUCAUGUUCCAUUACCUGAUGUAAAAGGAAGAGAAUAAAUAUUUUCAUAUUAUUUAAAAAAGAUAAAAUUUGAUGAAAAGAAAGUGUUACCUUAAAACUUGGCUCGAUAAACAAGUGGAUUUAGUGGAGCUGAUAUAUAAAAUAUGGUAAAUGUAGCAAUUUUAAAUGCAAUAAAACAUGAGAGAUAGAUAGCAUCAACGGAAGAUUUUGAAUUUGCAAUAGAUAGAAUAUCAAUGGGAAUAGGUAGAAAGAACAUGCAUGUGAGUGAUAAAGAAAAAUUAAUGACAGCAUAUCAUGAAGGUGGACAUGCAUUAACUAGUUUAUUAACUGAUGGAGCUAUGCCCUUACAUAAAGUAACAAUAUUACCUAGAGGUGGAGCAUUAGGAUUUGUAAUUAUAUAUAUUUAUAAUAUUAUUAAUAGACAGCUAUGUUACCUGAAAAAGAUUAAUUAAAUUAUACAAGAAAAGGAAUUAUAGCAUCAAUUGAUGUAGCUAUGGGUGGAAGAGCUGCUGAAGAUCUUUUUUUAGGAAAAGAUGAUAUUACUAGUGGAUGUAGUAAUGAUUUAGCUAAGGCAACUGAUUUAGCUUAUAUGUUUGUUAAAUAAUUAGGAAUGGAUGAUUAGAUUUCUUUAAUUUCUAUUUAAAGUGAUCGAGUAAAAACUAGUGAUUAAUUUGAUUAUAUGGUUGAUAUGGAAGUUAAAAAGAUUCUAGAAGUAUUUAGUUAUAAUAAAAAUAAGGAAUCUUACAAAAGAGUUAAAUCCUUAUUGAAAUCUAAUGAAAAUAAACUUAAAGAGUUAGCAACUGAAUUAGUCAAAAAAGAAACAUUAUCUGCUGAAGAAAUUAGAAGACUCUUAAAAAUUAAAUGAUUUAUACAUUUAUUAAUUAACGUG